UAUAUUUUAAAUUUAAAAUAAUAGGCCUAUUGUCUAGAACAAUAGGAAGAUAAAUGACCAGCCUUAGAAUUCGUAAGGCUUCAUAAAAAUAAAGUGUGUAUUAUAAUAUGGUGAUUUCGAAUUAAAUCACCCCCUCCUCCAAUAUUUACUUCUCUUUAAUAAUAGCCGUAUUUUGUCUGGUUCUGAGCGGACCCCUGCUGAGUUAGAAAAUCGUGCUACGGAAACACGAAUAUCAAAUGUGAUAUAUUUUUAUCCACUUUGUUGCCACGGGUAAAUUUAAAGGACGGACCCGUGGAUUUUUCCACGGGCUAACGACUAGUCCCUAUAAUAAUAGCCGUAUUUUGUCUGUAUCUGCGCAAAAUAAUACUACAAGUAGCGAAAUACGGUAAAUAACGGACAGGCAAUCCCGUGGAUUUAUUCACGGGCCACCGUCUAGUUUUCAAUAUUAUUUGUGUCAUGAUAAACCUUGGUUCCAGAGCGUCGCGUCAUGUCCGAUACCUAAAGCUAAGAAACUUACUAGCUAACGAGGUUGCAGAAAUAAUCGCUAUCUUGUACAGAUAAAAAAUCAUUGUCUUUUUAAUGAAGCUUAAUUAUAUAGGAAGCGCAACUUCGUUCGAAACUCGUGGUAAACAUUUUAAUUAAUUUUAAGUUUUCUAUUAAAUUAAAGUUGAUUACCCUUAUGCUUGAGUCUAUGUGUGAUUUGUGAUAUAUAUAAUCCAUAAUUAGCUUAAAUCACCUGAGGUGGAGACCGUUGGUGCUUUCUGUUCAUACAUUUAUUAAUUUAAUUGAGGUAACUAAUACAUAUGAAAGUGACAAAUAGAAAUGUAUUUAUUAAGACGUGGCUAGGACGACGUAUCUACUCGACAGCAUUUCGAGAAAGCCCGGAUUCAAAGUCUUAAUACACCACCACGAUAUAUCAUACACAAUAAAUAUGGUGUUAUUAAUAUUUCGAAAGAUGGCAGACGCCUCCAGGUAAAUGCUAUGUAUUUCAAGUUUGGUCGCCUUCUUGUUGUUAUUUUGAACAUUACACUGUUGUUUGUCAUUUCUAUGAUCUUGACCGAGUUUUAUGGGGUUAUUAUAUUUCGUGAUGGUGGUUACACAGAAUGGUCAAAAUUUACAAAGUGUACCGUUAGUUGUGGAGGCGGAUUUAGGCAUCGUAAAAGAGAUUGUACUGAUCCAGAACCUUCGCUAGGUGGUCAAACCUGCAGUAGACUGGGACCGUCUCAAGAAGUGCUGCGAUGCAACGAACGUAACUGUCCAGUGAAUGGUGGUUUCGAACGAUGGAGCAGAUUCGGUGAAUGCAGUUCAAGCUGCGGAGAAGGGACACAAAAACGAGUCAGGUACUGUAUUAAUCCGGUGCCUAAAUUUGGAGGAUUAGAUUGUAAGCAACAGAAACUUGGUGACUACGAAGAGGAGAGAAGUUGUAACGAGCAACCAUGCUCUGUCGAUGGCGGAUACACCGAAUGGUCUGAAUGGACAGAAUGUUCAGUAUCGUGCGGUCAAGGUACAAAAUCUCGGUUGCGCUCUUGCACAGAUCCAGCACCAUCUUUCGGAGGAAAGGAUUGUAGUAAUCUUGGUCCUGAUAAGGAGAACCCAGAAUGUAUAAUCGAAUGCCCAGUAAACGGAGGAUACGGUGAAUGGACACACUGGGAUAAAUGUACAGUUGAUUGUGGAGGAGGUUUUCACACGCGAACGCGCGCUUGUGACUUUCCUUCACCUAGCGGAAAUGGAAAAACAUGCCUGGAGAUGGGCUACGGAAAUGCAGAAGACACAAAGCCGUGUCAUACAGAGGCUUGUAACAAAAAUGGUGGUUAUAGCGCAUGGGGGAAAUGGUCAGAAUGCUCGAAGACAUGCGGAGGAGGAAGAACAGAGAGGGUGAGGCAUUGUGACAACCCGAAACCAUUAGGAAAAGGUAAAACGUGUAAAGAACAGCACCUUGGAGCAAGCAUCGAAGCUGAUGAAUGCAACACACAAAGUUGUUAGAUACAAGACCAAGAUUUAGUAAUAGGUUAUAGGGGGGGUUCACACUAGAAUUUUAAAAGCAUGCUAUAAAUUUAAAGCAUGGUUUAAAGCAUGCUUAAAAAUGUGAACGCAUUUUU